GAUAUUAUGACUGCAUCUCAAGGCAACCGCGAAGUGUUGAUGGCCGCGGUCAAAAGAAACAUGACUGGCAGGAGCAGCCAUGUUGGAGCUUAUAUGACCUACAGCUCGUUGCUGCCCUUCCAUGACUCCCAAUAACUUGACAAAACAACAUCAACACCCCCAGGGUAUAUUCUCUUCUUCUUCUUCUUCUUAUAAUUGAUACAAUUUGAUACGCACUCAUAUCGACGACUAGCACAAGUAAAGAAUCGCCAUGGAUAAUGAUAAUGAGUAGCAGCAUAUCAGGCUCGUCCCUCAGUGCGGCAUCUGCGGAGACCGCAUCGAGGCCAAUGAGAUGGCCGUGGCUCGUACGUCUUUACUCUCCUCUCCUCUCCUCUCCUCUUCUCUUAAGCCUACCUUCAAGCUCGUCCUCGUCCUCUAUUUCAACAUGUUCAUCGUAACCAACGUCUUUCUCUUCUACCGAGGCCUGUUGGUCACCUUUGUCGUCGCCCACAACACUCUUGAAAACACCCUCUGCAAGCCCUAUAACUGCGGUGCGUGCGCUGCCUCGCUGGAAGCCGCUGCAGUGCACCACGGAUGCUAUGGAUUCUUCACGCACCGGUGCCUUAUUGACGACACACAGGUCCUGCUCCGGCGGCUCCUUGUCUUGGCCUUGUGGAAAAGGCCCUGGAAGGAGGCACAGCCGUUGUUUUUGCCCAACAGCAAUGACAGCCGGUCGCUCGAUGUGGCGGCCAAUAUGUAUGGACUUCCGCAGCUGUCCAGGCUGCCGGUCGACCUUCUCAAGAUAAUCCACGGCCACUCGGCGGGCGCUUUGUUCUGGAGGAGCAUCUCAGUGCUACGAGCGACCGUGUGUAUCUCAAACAUGGGAGACGAGUCACAGCAGUCAGAGGUCGUGGCGCUGCGGCAUGUCGUUUCCUGGAAGCGAGGCGGGAAGCUUGACAAGAGCGACUCCCAGACGCCCCUUAUAAUCAGGCUGACGAUAGAUUCCGAUGGUAUCAGUAGAGUUGAGCGCCUUGUCGACUAUCCACGAUACUGGCGAAAAAACUACAGGUACACUGCGCACAUUGUUGGAAGCGGCAAGGACGUUGAAGGGGUGCAAGUAGAGCUCGUGAAUGGUCUUUUACGCCUCAAACUUCUUCCCAAUGGCUGGGUCCCCCAUAUAUGGAAUACUCCUGUUCCGCCUCCCUUGUCCCGAUGCAACUUGUCCCCCAAUAAGCCUUCCGCUACUUGGCCACGUCUAUUUUAUCUUGAGUCAGAGAGCAUGCGAGGUAUAACCUUCUUCUACACCCUGGGGCGUCUCUGUGACAUACAUAUCCACUAUCAAGAACAAACGUCUGCUCGUUCGACGCAUCGCCGAAUGAAACGCGCUGCCCAGAGCAAUGCUAUAUGGCUCUACCUGCCUAUUCCGCCGGGAGAUCAGUUGACCGUUGUAGGCUUGCGUCAACAGCCCGGUUUGCCUUUUUGCUACCUUUUUCAGUUGAAAAAGUCCGGCGACGUCAUCAUAGGGCCUCACGGGAACUCGUUCUUUAAAGACAGUUGUCUGGGCGCAGGUACUUCCCUUGGCUUCAUCUACGGUGAGCCGAAUCGAGCGGACUUCAUGCCGCAGCAAGUUGAGCUCAUUGGCGCAUACUGCCGCCCAGAAUCACAGCCCACGCCGGAGUGGUGGUCACCGCACGUUUUCCCCCUAGACAGAUAUGAAGCCCCCCUGGACAGAUUUGGGGCCAAUUUCCUCAGCCAAGAUUCUUUCUUGCAGGCAGAAUACUUCUCUUGGGCGCCGCUGGACGACGUUGUGUCAGCUCUUGUUUUCCGCGACCAAAUCACGGGAUGCUGCAAAGGCAUCUUAUUCUUCUACCGCAACGGAGGAUGCCGGGCCAUUGGGGAAUGCCGGCUUCAUGUCGACCCAGCACAGACAGUGCCCGAGCCAAGCCAGCUCUGCUACCAGAUGGAGUCCCAUCCCGCGAAAUAUAGCCCAGACCUCUCAGUAUAUAGAGCGCGGGUGACAGUCCAGCCUAGUUCGCAGCAUGAACGCGUGCACCUUCAACAUACGCACGGGAAGAUUGUCGAUGAGGGAUGGGUAGUGCAUACGGAAUGGAAGUGCUACCUAAUGCACUCCAUUUGA